AUGAGACAGGUAUCUAGUGUGGGGUUGCUCCUUGGGCUCAUGGCUCUCCCAGCGGCGCUAGGACAGAGAAGCUCAGGAAGCCCUACACAACACAACCAGACUGAAGGCUUUCAGAUCGUCUCUUUCAAAUGGGAGCACGUCAAGGACCCUUAUAUCAUUAUUCUCUGGAUCCUUGUGGCCAGCUUGGCCAAAAUUGUUUUCCACUUGUCCCACAAAGUCACUCGGGUGGUUCCGGAGAGUGCUCUGCUGAUUGUUCUUGGUCUCGUCCUUGGUGGCAUUGUAUGGGCAGCAGACCACAUUGCCUCCUUUACUCUUACACCUGAUGUAUUUUUCUUCUAUCUGCUGCCCCCCAUUGUUCUGGAUGCUGGAUAUUUUAUGCCAAAUAGGUUGUUCUUUGGAAAUCUUGGUUCCAUCCUUUUGUAUGCUGUCAUUGGGACAGUCUGGAAUGCUGCCACAACUGGUUUAUCUCUCUACGGUGUCUAUCAGACAGGAAUAAUGGGCCACCUGGACAGUGGACUGCUGGACUUCCUCCUUUUUGGCAGCUUAAUUGCAGCUGUGGAUCCUGUAGCAGUUCUGGCUGUGUUUGAAGAAGUCCAUGUCAAUGAAGUUCUAUUCAUCAUUGUUUUUGGAGAAUCUCUUCUGAACGAUGCUGUAACUGUGGUGCUGUACAAUGUGUUUAAUAGUUUUGUUCAACUAGGACCAGAGAAUGUGACGGGGAUUGAAUGUGUCAAAGGCAUAGUGUCAUUCUUUGUGGUGAGCCUGGGUGGGACACUGGUUGGCAUUUUGUUUGCAUUCCUGCUCUCAUUGGUCAGCCGCUUCACCAAGCAUGUUAGAAUCAUUGAACCUGGAUUUGUGUUUAUUAUUUCCUACCUGUCCUACCUCACAUCAGAGAUGCUUUCUCUUUCUGCUAUCCUUGCGAUAACUUUCUGUGGCAUUUGCUGUCAGAAAUAUGUCAAAGCUAACAUAUCUGAACAAUCUUCUACAACUGUAAGGUAUACCAUGAAAAUGUUGGCCAGUGGAGCAGAAACUGUUAUCUUCAUGUUCCUAGGAAUUUCAGCUGUAAAUCCAGCUAUCUGGACAUGGAAUACAGCUUUUAUACUGUUGACUCUGGUAUUCAUCUCAGUAUAUAGAGUCAUCGGUGUAGUUAUACAGACAUGGAUUCUUAACCACUACCGAAUGGUCCAGCUGGAGAUAAUAGACCAGGUGGUGAUGUCAUAUGGUGGACUACGUGGAGCAGUUGCUUUUGCUCUGGUUGCACUUCUGGAUGACAACAUAGUGAAAGACAAAAACCUGUUUGUCAGCACAACUAUCAUUGUUGUGUUUUUUACUGUUAUUUUCCAGGGAUUGACAAUCAAACCUUUGGUACAGUGGCUGAAAGUGAAGAAAACUGAACACAGAGAGCCAAAACUGAAUGAGAAACUUCAUGGCAGGGCUUUUGAUCACAUCCUUUCUGCUAUAGAAGACAUCUCUGGACAAAUAGGACAUAAUUAUCUAAGAGACAAGUGGUCCAAUUUUGAUAGGAAAUUCCUCAGUAAAGUACUGAUGAGAAGGUCUGCUCAAAAAUCAAGAGACCGAAUCCUUAAUGUUUUCCAUGAACUCAACUUGAAGGACGCGAUUAGCUAUGUGGCUGAGGGAGAACGUAGAGGUUCCUUGGCAUUUAUACGUUCUCCAAGUACAGACAACAUGGUGAAUGUGGAUUUCAGCACCCCACGCCCAAGUACUGUGGAAAGCUCUGUGUCUUAUUUACUGAGAGAAAAGGCUGGACCGGUUUGCCUCGACAUGCAAGCUUUAGAGCAAAGGAGGAAAAGUAUUCGGGACACAGAAGAUACAGUUGCUCACCACACCCUACAACAGUACCUGUAUAAACCUAGGCAGGAGCACAAACACCUGUACAGUCGACAUGAGAUCAUGCACAGUGAAGAUGAGAAACAAGACAAGGAAAUUUUCCAUAGGACGAUGAGGAAGCGCUUAGAAUCUUUCAAGAGUACCAAGCUAGGAAUAAACCAUUCCAAGAAGCUGAAUAAAAUCCACAAGCGAGACCGGGGCCAAAAAAGGCGAAACAGCAAUGUCAUCCCAAAUGGAAAAAUACCUCCAGAAAUUUCAGUACAAGAUUUUACAUUAAAGGAAAAAGAUUUGGAGUUUUCUGAAGCAGAAGAAAAUAAUGAUUAUGAAACUUUGCAUCUAGGCAAAGGAGUUGAUUUUCUGGCUGAUGUGACCAAGCAAAAUUUUGCAGAAAAUUCUACUGGUGAUAUGGACCAUGAUGUUGAAAUGACAGAAUACUCCUCUUCAGAUGACAAAUUGCCUUCUUAUGUAUCUGACCAACUAAACCAAAACCAAAGCGUUUCAGAGACUCCCCACCACUUCUUUCCAUCCUGUCUUCAAAUGCCUUGGACACAUAACUAUUAUUCCUUGGAAAACAGAGGGAAUAUAUCUCUUUCUACUGUCUCUGAGUAUAUAGGUUCUUGUGACCCAAGCAUACCUGAUCUCUUCUGGGAAGCAGGUACAGAUUCAAAUAACAAAGAGACAGUAAACUCAGGUUAUGGUUCUGAAGUUAGCUAUAAAUCAGAGAAUUCACAAGAAGAGAAUUCUCUGCUUAUACCUGAAGGGCUGGAAGACUCUUACAUGAAGGAGCCCCAAGAGAAGAAAAUUUUGCUUGAUGUACAAGGAAAUUACAGAUCUGCAGCAGCCAGGCGUGUACAAAGUCGACGUUCUUUUCACAGGCCAAAACCUCUGCAACACCCUAAGCUUCAGAAACUAGCAUCUCUUCCAACAUCUUGCCAUGUCCCUCCACAUUCUUUGGAACAAGAGGAAACACAGCUGUGA